AAUAUUUGAAGACAACAACCACAACUGUCGGUAGGAAAACAAAAUUGUGAAACACCAAACAAACACGUAUGAAAACAUCUCAAGAACAGCAUGUAUGCGGUUCGACAGUAGUACAAACUAUCAAUGCUCCGUUACCUCUAGUAUGGUCGAUCCUACGUCGAUUUGAUAACCCAAAAACAUUUAAACAUUUCGUAAAAACUUGUAAACUACGCUCCGGCGAUGGAGGAGAAGGCUCUGUCCGUGAAGUCACGGUGGUUUCCGAUCUUCCGGCGAGUUUUAGCCUAGAAAGAUUAGAUGAACUUGACGAUGAGUCUCAUGUGAUGGUGAUCAGCAUUAUUGGUGGUGAUCAUCGUUUGGUUAAUUACCAGUCGAAAACUACGGUGUUUGUGGCGGCGGAGGAGGAGAAGACAGUGGUUGUGGAGAGUUAUGUGGUGGAUGUGCCGGAAGGAAAUACUGAGGAAGAAACUACGUUGUUUGCUGAUACUAUCGUUGGGUGUAAUCUUAGGUCAUUGGCUAAGUUAUCGGAGAAGAUGAUGGAGCUCACUUAAAGUUGUAAAAGUCGUGGGAUUGUAAUAAUAGUAUUAGUUUUUAGAAUUUAAAAGUAAAACUCUUACAUUUUUACGAGGUUUUGGAUAUAUAGCAACUAGCAAAAUAUGCUUAUUCAACUGGGAAUAAUAUAGGUAUAAUUAUGUAUUUAUAUGUCUUGUGAAAUUA